GCGACAGCAUUGCUGCAAACACAGGAAGAGAAGGUGGCGUCUCAAACUACCAUACAUGUUGUGGUCGUGCAUAACAACGAAGAAGUUGUUGACAUUUACUCUAUGAAAGCAGGGUAGUAAACAGCUGCAUUCUUUCAGCACUUUGGAGCCAAACUUUGAGGGGAAGCAGCUACCAGCACCAAGAAGUGAAAAACACAAGAAGGAGCUUCACCGCACAGCCAUGAAGGACAAAGUGAGGAAGGGAGGAGGAAGAAAUCAGGCCAAGGCUGACAUAAUGAGCUUCACUGGUGGAAAAGAGGCUGCUAGUAUAAAGCAAGAAGAUGACACAUCGUUUUCUGUGAAGAUCCAAGGAGCAGGAUUGGAGCCUUUUGAGAUGCAGGUCCAUGGCUUCUGGCUUGUUCAAGAUGCAGUACUGAAUCUGCUUUCGAAGGAAGAGGUGUGUCCUCGUUCAAAUCUGUCUCUGGCGCUCACUGGCACGACUCUGGACCCCCUCACAGAACUGCAGAGCAUAAAGGGGCUCAAACCUGGAGCCAUUCUUCGCCUGGUGGAAGAGCCCUACACCUCCCACUCGGUCCGCCUCCAUCUGGCUCGUGUCCUGGAGCUGCUGAGAGCAUCAGGACCUCAGGAUGCACUGAGAGAAGGACGCUCACUGAGUGUGCUGGAGACACUCACACACACACAGACAUCAGACCCUAGCUUACCAAAUGGAAAGAGCCUAAAACGCUCUUUAAGCAACACAAAAACAGAAACACAGAGCCAAGACGGAUCUCCUCCUGAGUACCUUCUUCCUGGAUCCUCAGAGAGACCUCUCAUGGCCCUGCUGCCACACAGCUCCCAAACAGAGGCCCCCAGCUACAUAAGGGACUUGUCUCUGAGCUGCUGGAAUCCUCCUCCAGGACACAGGAAGCUACAGGGAGACUUUAUGUACAUCACCGUGGUAACAUUAGAAGGACGGCGGUGUGAUGUCACAUCCUGUCCAAAAGGUUUCUUUCUCAACAGAUCUACAGAAGAAGUGUUUGAUCCUCGCCCUGCACAGUCCGCACCACUUUGUCACUGUUUCACUGACCUGCUUGGUCACAUUAGCCCCGCCUUCAAACAAAAUUUUACAGCACGCAAGAAAAGGUCUCAUUUAGCUCCAACAGAAGUCUUGCCCACGCCUUACCACACACUGAGCUGGCUUGGGCCUCCUUGUGCCUCCCGCACACACAAAAAUACUUUCAGCAGACUGGGAAUAGAUGAUCAGCAAGUGACACAGGCGCCAGACUGGAAUGAGGAGUUGCAGGCAGCCAGAGAUCUUCCACUGCGUAGUCUGGAGGAGCGGCUGCAAAGAGACAGAGCUCUGCUCCAGGUAAACAGUGCGUUUGUCAGGGCAGUGUCUCAGGGGGCAGAGAAUGUUGUGGAUGGGUUUGUGGAACCUGUGAAUGGAAACCCUGAGGACCCCGCUUUCCUGUGGGGGGGCCUGUUCAUGAAUCAGGGUGCAUCAAAUGCAAUGUUUGGUGGAGACAGAGGUCGCAGGGCUGCUCAGAGACUAGAGCUAAGGGGAGUCCAGGCCUACAGUGACAUAGUGAGUCUGCAGGGGCUGCACACCCUUCCUACAGCUAUUGUAGACUACAGAGGUGUGCGUCUGACAGCUCAGGGUCUGGCUCCUGGUUUAGAGGAUACAGAGCAGGACCAGGAGUCUACUCCGGCUUCAAGAGGCUUGCUGUAUGGGAUACAUGCAGGACCCCAGGAGUCCCCCCAGCGCAGAAAACUAUUAGAGCACCUGGCUCACGCUGCAAAAGCUCUCUCUAUCCAAAGACACACAGUUAUGUCUUCAAACAACUACAAGGUACCGCUGUUCACUUCAGUGGAUGCCCAAGGACUGCUGGGGGCUGAUGGGAGGUUCUACAUACUGGAUGUGUUCAGGACCAUGCCAGCUGAUGCAAACUUCUGCCCUGAGGUGGAAACAGACAAUCAGACAGUCACAGGAGAAGAGGAGGAUAAAACAAGCUGUGAAGAGAAGGAUGAGAAGAGUUGUGUUAAAGAGGGUUGGCCUGAGAAUUAUCACUCUGACUCUGGGCUUCCAAAGAGCUUUCCUCACUCUCUCUGUAGACUGAGACCAGAACUAAUACAGAUCUUCAUCCAGCGCAAAUAUAACCAGUUCACUCAGCGUGUCAGGGAGAUACUGGAUGAGAAUGGAGGAUUUGAAGAAUGUGCAACUGCUGGUGAUUCUCGAUCGACUGACGCAGUACGUGCUGCUUGUAAAGAGGUGGGCUCUUCAAGCAACAUCAGUUUUGAGAUGUGCCUCAACCCAGAUGUCUUCUCUCUAGGAGUUUCCUUCCCACCCACUGAAAGUGCAACAACAAAGCUGCAGGAGAGGUUACUGAGGGAAGCUGCAGUUUCAAUCAUCACACAUCAGAUACCAGAGUUUGUUGAGAAUUGCUUGCAAAACAAUGAAGCACCAAUGGAUGGUGCUACUCUGAAACAGACACUUCACCAAAGAGGCAUCAACCUGCGCUAUCUGGGUCAUGUGAUCAAGGCCAUCAGCCAGUCAGAACACAAGGAGCGCCUGAGGCAUAUAAUGAGGACGGCCAUAGGGGAAAUUUUCAUUCGCUCAACGAGACGGGUCUUCAACAGUUUCCUCCAGGGUGUGGAUGUGCCGAGUGUCUCUGCAGCUGUCAGUCACUUCCUCUGCUGUCUGUUGGUUACCCACUUCACGCCCACCUCUGCUGGGGAGGAGACCAAAAAGAAGUCGAGACGGCGUGGCCGAGGAGCCGGGGCCUCUGAGAGUUUGCCCUGGAGUACGCUCACUGGAGUCGAGCUGUGGAACCUGGUCUGCCAGGACGCUGAUGAAACAUACAGCGUGUCUGACAGCCUCGGCUCUGGUCUGAACCACAUUGUGGAGCAGUAUGGCCUUCAGAAGAUUUCUCUGCUCCGAGAGUUCUGUUUGAAAACCGGAUUACAGUUGAGACUGAGGGACUACUUCCUUGACAACCAAAACAAAGCUCCCAUUGGUCCAGACGAUGUCCUCAACAUCUUCCCUGUCAUCAAACACGUUCACAUGUCAACUGUCGAUGCUUCAACAGCAUACCGAGCUGCACUGACCUCUCUCCAGAAAGGUCUGCUGGAUCAGGCCCAUGAGAACCUGAAAGAAGCAGCGUACCUUUUUGGCAGAGUGUGUGAUAACCUGCAUCCUGAGGCCUGUUUCUGUCACAGCAUGUUGGCAAAAGUGACUUUCCUACAGGGGAAGCAAGCAGAGGCUCGCAGUAUCCAGCUGACAACUGUGGUCAUCAGUGAGAGAGUUCUUGGUUUUGACCAUCCAAACACAAUCCAACAAUAUGCACUCUUGGGUGUGUACAUGUUUGCUGGAGGGGAGACUGUUUUGGCCCAGAAGUGUCUCCUCAGAGCGCGUCUGCUGAUGCUUACAGUCCACGGAGAGGACCAUCCUUACACCGCAACACUGGAUAGCUGUCUUGGUUUGGUGGUGACAGGAGAUCAGUCCGGACAGUACUUAAACAAUGCUCUCAGACUUAACAUGUCCUUCUUCGGCCCGACAAAUCUGCACACUGCUCUCAGUCAGCACCUGCUGGCCCAGAGGAUGUGCAGUAAGGGAGACUACAGAAGUGCCAUGAUGCAUGAAAAAGAAGCCUUCGCUACUUUCACCACCUUGUUUGGAGAGGAUCACUCUCAGACAAGCUGCAGCAAAGAGUUUCUGUGCACCAUAACCAAACAGGCGGUGAAGGUGGAGCGCUCUCUCAGACAGGCAGGAACAGACUGCACAGAGCAAACAGUGGAGUGUCUAACUCCCUCAUCUGACUCGGUGCUGGAGCAGAUGGUUCUGGUGACAGGGAUCAGGAGGUUGGCACAAAGUGACAAACUGACGGAGUACAAACAGAAACACAAGGAACUUAAAGCUGCGGUCGCAAAAGAGCUAGGAUUGGACCUGGCAUCUAAGCAGCUUUUUAACUGGCAGAGUCUGGCAGAGAAAAGCUCAGAUCCAGAAACAGGAAGCAGGGAGGAAGCUGAGAAAAGAGGAUGCCCAGCCGUGGAGGAUGUCAACGAAAGCUUAGAGGAGCAGAAAGUGGAGGAAACCUCCACAGAGAACAAUGACAUAGUUUCAGCUAAUGGUCACGCAGAGGAGCCUGCUGAACAAAAGCAGCAAACAGAGGUAGACGGAAGUGAUGGUGCUCCUUUGAAUGCUGAGGUCCAUGGGGUGAAUGGAAAGUCAGAGGAAGGAGCUACAGGAGAGGGAAGUGGUGAAGGGAAAAGCAGCACAGCCAGCGGAGAGAUACAAUCUGAUGCAUCUGGUGAUGAAAUGAAGACCUUAGAGAAGGCAAAUGGUAAAAUAAAUGGAUCUCUUGAUGUCCCUGUCAGCCCAUCAGUCGUGAUGAGUAAGGGAACCUGGGCUGACAUUGUUUCUAAAGCUCCUGUAGCCAGUGGAAAAGCAGGCAAAGAUGCUGCAGUCAAUGGAGUCGCACACAGUGUCACUGCUAACGGUGCAGCAGAGGAGUGAAAACAUCAGACAGGAGAACAGUGUUGUAGUUGAGUUUUUAGAAAUCACUGCUGUAAAAUGAAAAUCUCUCCCAGGAUAUGAGAUGUAAUCUGGUAAAAUGAUCAUGAAGCAAAGCAGAAAUGAGUCAGAUGAUGAGUAUUACUUUGGGUUGAGGAUAUUUUUGCUGACACUGGGAGAGGGCUGUACUGUUGAGGUGUUUUUAUGUUUCCAUCAAUAAACUUUUUAUUCUGGUUUACAUGUGACUCUGCUGUUGUCAUCUAUUCCUACUUCUUAGUCUACAAUCCACACCAGGAAUGAAAACUCUAGAGGAUUAAAAUUUGUGUUUUACUGCCACACCUUGCACUCCCUGAAGGGUUUUGCUUGGGGGAAAAAAAGCACUCUGAUUAACUUGUCACUUCUUCACAGGUGACAAUGCAA